ACAAGGAAAAAGACAUUCCGAACGUCAAGGGUUCUGACAUGCUUUGCCGUCUUACCCAUACUGUAUGCUUAAAACAAUAAUAACAGCUAGAGGUAGGAAGUACAGCACACGGUCGAUUCCAGGACGGACCCUUUUAAUGAGGUAGCUGUCGGUCCAAACGCUAACCGACCCUAAUAGGGGUCCCUGAUUAACAAUGCUCCGGAGUGGAAAGGUCCUUUUCCGGAUCCUCAGCUCCAGCUGCUCUACCUCUGUGAGGUACAGUGCUUCAGGGAAGGCAUGGCUCACCCCCACAGGCUUCGACACGGGAAUAAAGACAUUUAACAGCCUGACCAAAAAGAAAGAAGCUCUGAUCUUGGCUAGAGAAGGAACCGCAACAUGGUACAGCUGUGGACCCACAGUGUAUGACCAUGCUCACCUGGGGCAUGCAUGUUCUUAUGUCAGGUUUGAUAUCCUGCAGAGGAUCCUGAGCAGGUUUUUUGGUAUCACUGUUAUCCAUGCCAUGGUCAUUACUGACAUUGAUGACAAGAUUAUAAAAAGAAGUUGGGAGGAAAAUGUGUCUCCAGCUGUGAUUGCUAGGAUGUAUGAGGAUGAGUUUAAGAGGGACAUGCUGUCAUUAAAGGUGGUUCCUCCUGCUGUGUAUCUAAGAGUCACAGAGAAUGUUCAUCAUAUCGUUGCAUUUAUUCAAGGAAUUAUCAGAAAUGGGCAUGCUUAUGCCACACCCGAAGGCAACGUAUAUUUUGACGUUCAGUCCAUAGGUGAACGUUAUGGGAAGUUUGUUGGAGCUGCAAGUUCUCAGGUAGAGCCGGGCACUUCAAAUAAACGGGACUCCAGGGAUUUUGCCCUGUGGAAGACGUCCAAACCUCACGAGCCGCACUGGGAAUCUCCAUGGGGCCAUGGAAGACCUGGCUGGCAUAUUGAAUGUUCGACUAUUGCCAGCCACGUGUUUGGGAGUCAGCUAGAUAUUCACUCUGGCGGGAUUGAUCUGGCCUUUCCUCACCAUGAGAAUGAGAUCGCUCAGAGUGAAGCCUUUCAUCGGUGUGGACAAUGGGCAAACUACUUCCUUCAUUCAGGUCACUUACACUUGAAGGGCAGUGCAGAGAAAAUGUCCAAAUCUCUGAAAAAUUAUAUUUCGAUCAAGGAUUUCCUACAAUCUUACUCUGCUGAAGAAUUUCGGAUGUUUUGUCUCAUGACCAAAUAUAGAUCUGCUAUAGAUUACAGUGACGGCAGUAUGUUGGAAGCUCGCACCUCUCUGGAAACCGUCCGCACCUUCAUCAGUGCUGCUCAGGCAUAUAUUAGGGGUCAGUUACCCUGUUCUCCUGUGCAGGAGGAUAUCCUGUGGCAAAGACUCGCUGAAGCCAAGUCUACCAUCGGGACGGCCUUAGCAGAUGACUUUGACACAUCCAAAGCCAUUGGUGCGCUGAUGAAUCUCAUUUAUCAUGGAAACUGCCAGCUACAGCCCACUACGUCAAGGGGAAUUGCACAGAGCCCUGCAGUAUUUGGUGCAAUGGUUACCUACAUCCAGGAUGUCCUGGAUAUGUUUGGAAUCGAGCUGCUACGCAGUAAGGAGGCGGAGGUGCUGAGCAGUGAUGGAAACUUCCAGUCAGUGGUAGAGCAUCUAACUCGUUUCAGAAGCGAAGUUCGUGCAUUUGCUCUCACCCGCCAUAACGAUGCAAAUAACAAACCAGCCCUGUACCCUGAAAGAGUCCCCCUAUUGGAAGCUUGUGAUACCCUCAGAAAAGAUUUGGUCCCCUUAGGGGUGGUGAUAAAGGAUAGAGGAGAGGCGUCCACAUGGGAAAUAAAACCGAGUCGCAGAACGGCAAUGACUAGCAAACAUGAGGACAAAUGAUGGAUUAAAGGAAACUGUUAGAAAUGUUAUAGUCUUUCAUUUAUUUGUGAUCAAAUAAAGAUUUAUUUUCCAUGGCUGUCA